UCAACGUUUCUACUUUGGAAUGGAAAGCAAAUCCUUAUAUAUUUGCCUACGAGAAACGCCAUUGAUCCGUCAUUACGUGGUCUGGUGACAACAGCUGUAAAUCCUACCAGCUCUCAUGUCCCUGCCAGAUAAAUGAAAAUACAUUACACAAUUAAAUUAAGGUAGUGAAAAAUAAAGUUCAAGAAAAAAAAUGCUUUCUCGUUUAUUGAAGGAGCAUCAUGCAAAGCAAAACGAGAGAAAAGAACUCCAAGAGAGACGCAGACGAGAGGCAAUUGCAGCUGCCACCUGUCUUACAGAAGCCUUGGUGGAUCACCUUAAUGUUGGGGUGGCCCAGGCGUACGUGAACCAGAGGAAGCUGGACCAUGAGGUGAAGACGCUACAGGUGCAGGCCGGCCAGUUCUCCAAGCAGACCGCUCAGUGGAUCAGUAUGGUGGAAGGCUUUAACCAAGCCCUGAAGGAAAUAGGUGAUGUGGAGAACUGGGCUCGCAGCAUUGAGGUGGACAUGAGAACCAUCGCCACAGCUCUGGAGUACGUACACAAGGGUCAGCUCACAUCAGCCUCUUCAUAGAUACGCUGAACCAUAACCUGGAACUGAUAGCCUGCUGCUAGCUUCAGUAGCCUGAUAGCCUGCUGCUAGCUUCAGUAGCCUGAUAGCCUGCUGCUAGCUUCAGUAGCCUGAUAGCCUGCUGCUAGCUUCAGUAGCCUGAUAGCCUGCUGCUAGCUUCAGUAGCCUGAUAGCCUGCUGCUAGCUUCAGUAGCCUGAUAGCCUGCUGCUAGCUUCAGUAGCCUGCUGCUAGCUUCAGUAGCCUGCUGCUAGCUUCAGUAGCCUGCUGCUAGCUUCAGUAGCCUGCUGCUAGCUUCAGUAGCCUGCUGCUAGCUUCAGUAGCCUGCUGCUAGCUUCAGUAGCCUGCUGCUAGCUUCAGUAGCCUGCUGCUAGCUUCAGUAGCCUGCUGCUAGCUUCAGUAGCCUGCUGCUAGCUUUAGUAGCCUGAUGCUAGCUUUAGUAGCCUGAUGCUAGCUUUAGUAGCCUGAUGCUAGCUUUAGUAGCCUGAUGCUAGCUUUAGUAGCCUGAUGCUAGCUUUAGUAGCCUGAUGCUAGCUUUAGUAGCCUGAUGCUAGCUUUAGUAGCCUGAUGCUAGCUUCAGUAGCCUGAUGCUAGCUUUAGUAGCCUGAUGCUAGCUUUAGUAGCCUGAUGCUAGCUUUAGUAGACUGAUGCUAGCUUUAGUAGCCUGAUAGCCUGAUGCUAGCUUUAGUAGCCUGAUAGCCUGCUGCUAGCUUUAGUAGCCUGAUAGCCUGCUGCUAGCUUUAGUAGCCUGAUAGCCUGCUGCUAGCUUCAGUAGCCUGCUGCUAGCUUCAGUAGCCUGCUGCUAGCUUUAGUAGCCUGAUGCUAGCUUCAGUAGCCUGAUAGCCUGCUGCUAGCUUUAGUAGCCUGAUAGCCUGCUGCUAGCUUUCACUGUGAAAGAGUGGUUGACCACGGAUACCAGGAUUCCUUUUGAAACAACUGAAAGCUGAUGAACCGUCUGAAAAGUUGAUUCAAGGCUUCAGUAAUGACUAAGGCUUUAAGGCCCGGUGACACAUUGU